CGCGGGCGCCAGUGCGCUGUUGGUUGCGCUCCUGCGUUCUUCCAUCGCAAUCAACCUCCGCAGGUGCGGAGCAGCCCAGCGCAGCCAUGGCCAGCGGGGGCUUGCAGCUCCUGGGCUUCGUGCUGGCCUUCCUUGGCUGGAUGGGCAUCAUCAUUAGCACCGCCAUGCCCCAGUGGAAGAUGGCAUCGUACGCGGGGGACAACAUCGUAACGGCCCAGGCUCUCUACGAGGGGCUGUGGAUGUCGUGCGCCAUGCAGAGCACGGGGCAGAUCCAGUGCAAGGUGUACGACUCGCUGCUCAAGCUGGAGAGCAGCCUGCAGGCUACACGAGCCUUGAUGGUGGCCGCCAUACUCCUGGGCCUGGUUGGUGUGUUUGUUGCUGUGACUGGCAUGAAAUGCAUGAAGUGCAUGGAGGACGACCAGGUGAAGAAGAUGAGGAUGGCUGUCUUUGGUGGGGUGAUCUUCAUCAUUGCAGGUCUGGCAGCACUGGUGGCCACAUCAUGGUAUGGCAACAGAGUGGCUCGAGCCUUCUAUGACCCUUUCACCCCCGUUAACACCAGAUUUGAAUUUGGAUCUGCCCUCUUCAUUGGCUGGGCAGCUGCUUCUCUAGCCUUGCUGGGGGGAGCCUUCCUCUGCUGUUCCUGCCCUCGAAGUGAAACCUCCUACCCACCCAGUCGGGGCUACCCCAAAAAUGCACCCUCCACAGGGAAGGAUUACGUAUAAUGAAAUGACGAAGAGGAGCCACCAGCACUGGUAGUAAAAGCAUUUGGAGAGGACACUACAAUGCCGCUGUCCUGAGCAGAGUUCAGACUCUAGGUUUUGCCUUCCUCUUCUCCCAGAAAUGUGUAUAUUUUUAUAAUCCUCUUUGCUACUGGACAUAACUUCUCCUUUCUCUCCCAGCCCGUGGAGGAAGGCUAGCCUAAGCUUGUAGGUAUUGCCACUGGAAAGAUUGAAGCCUCCAAGCUUGGGUUAAAUUUAGUAUUUGGGAGUAAAAGGGAAAAUGAUACUGUUUUUAGAUGGAUGUUGGUGCUUUUUUUUUUUUUUUUUUUUUUUUUUUUUUUAAGUUUUUUUUUAAUUAAAAAUAGAUGGUAACAAUUCAGUCCCCAUAUCCCAUUAAGUUAGAGCCCAGCGUGGUGUGUGUAGAAAUCAAAGAAACACUAUAUACAAAGAGAAGACCAAUAGCUUAAGGGGAAACAUAAUUUUGGGGAAGUGACUUUACAGGUAGGAAUGUUUGAAGAGAUCUAAACUGUUUUUAUACUGUUACUGGUGUCAUCUUCAGCACCUUCCUUUCUGUGCAAAGGGUCUGAUACAAUUAAAUUGCUGUGACUUAAACUGAAAUCUGUAACUGUAUGCAUGUGUUGUUGGCCAACAGAAGAUGUAGUGUAAGACAGCCUGGCUUAACUGUGUGUCAUCUUUUGACAAGAUCUGGUAAGAUGAUUGUGUAUUGGCCAAGGGCUGUAAUACAGCUACAACAGCUAGCAAACUCCCAACCAGCUGCAGGUCUCCCUGGUGCCAGUGAAGAGGUAGACAGAAACAAUCCCCUGUUCUCACUGUUGACUCUGGGGCUGUUGUGUUGUUCCUUAGACUCUGUUGUUGAUGGUUAUUUCUUGAUGUUCUUAGCCUGGCUGAGCUCAAAGCUAUAUCCCCAUGUCUGUUACAGGUCACCUUUUAACAAUUGUUGCCUUCUUUUCCUUGAGUCAUUCCAGUUUGGGCUUAGUUAUAAGUUACAGAUCUGUUUGCCUUAUGUGGCUAAAAAAUGUUAAGCCAAACAAUGCAGUGCCACUCCCUGAUGUUUCCCCGUGGAUACCUCUUGUACUGUCAUUUGACCCUAUCUUUACUCUUGCAAAUACUUUCAGUCGUGAUAUGAAGGCAAAUUCCAAGGAAACUGACCUGAGGGUUAUAGCAUUUUCUUUCAAUCCAAGCUUGCCGAAGAGGGAAGAAACCCAGCUUUGUAAAGAUGAAGCCAUCACUGCAUAUUAAGUCCUAUAUGAAAAUGCAGCUCAUGGUUUCCCGCCCCUUACCCGAAAACCGGUCUGUCACCAGUGCCUGACCAACACUGGUAAGGCUGGCUGGAGAUUAGUCUGGUGUUCCUAAAAGGAUGAUAUCAGCUUCCAAGGCUCAACUUUGAUUUAUGUAAGGAUGGAAGCUGGUUGCUUCCAACCAGGCUUUAUAAUGGUGAAUGUGUUCAGAGGCAUCAGGUAUCUGGGUUUCUUUUGUAGACAGGGAGAUCUGUGUGCAACCUUGGCCUUAGUGCUUCAUAUAAGCCUUGUACCUCUGUUUGACCUGACUCUGCAACAUAAAUCAAAGCUACUAAAGAAACCAAAGCAUUUGCUUCAGGCUUGAUCUGAUGUUGACCUGUACUUGAGCUGGGUCACAUGGCUCCUACUUCUCGAUGGGGAAUUGCCCUGUGCACAGUGGGACCUUGCGAGACCUUGUACCUUGUCUUAAGGGGUGGCAGCUCAGGUCAUGCUGGAGCUGCUGAGGUCUGUGCUUUUGUAUUUGCAUUAACCCUGUGCCAGGGAGCAGAUGCUUGUAUUGGGAACUUGUAUAAAGUGUUUAAACAAUUUCAAUAAAUGGAUUUUUGUAAGGAA